UUAAGCAUGGUCUGUAAUGGCAAAAAGCUAGAAAUGCUGGGAUAUCUCUUUCUCUUCAUCAGUGCCAGAAGUGGAGAAGAGGUUCUGCAACCUUGGUGUUCACCUGACUUUACAGUCGGAUAUGGAAUGAAGAAAUCAACAAAGAGGUGGCAACCAUCCCAGCCACUGCCACAUCAAGCUGUUAGCAACUUCUGGAGAAACAAAUCUUUUAAUGAGAAGAGAGAAUUUGUACCUGCCAUUGUGCUGAUUGACCUGUGAGCUGAAACUGUCGAGCAGCAUGCUGCGGUAGCACCUGUACGUAGUUUCCCUGCCAAAGGAAUGAAUGGGAUUCGGAAGGGACUACCCAGGAAGUAAGCUCACAAAAUCAGUUCAGAGAUGCAGCACUUGAGGAGCUGUCCAGCAUUUCAGCAUCACAGCAAUACGCUUGGGAUUCACAGAUUGCUGGUGUGCCUCCAGAGCAGAGCAACCGGGAAAGGAUGCAGAGAAGGAAGAUAGAGCCAUGGUUAGUGAGGACACCUGGACAGUAGGAGUGGUGUGAAGAACAAAAAUUAAAAGGAAGCACAGAGCAAGCAACUGAUCGUGUGAUGGUUUAAAUAAAAGAAAAAGAGAGUGCUAUGCAAAGUAACUUGGAUGAAAAUCAGCUUAUUCCACUAACUAGCUGGAAGGAUAUAGAAUCUUAAUGCAAUCUCUGGUGCAAGGCGUUUCAAAUGUAUUGCUCUCACAUGCAAGGUUUAGUUAAAGGUCUGAGACUAUUAAAGUGAUCUAAACUAAACAUCAUUUAUCAGGGGAAAGUGAGCCUUGUCACUUGAUACAAUGGAUAAUUUUUCAUCUCAACCUGAACUGAAUGCUUCCUGCCCUGAUGUGGAUAUUGGUUGCUACAGAAGAGAACACAGUUGGAACAAUGUGUCAGACCCACAACUGAUUCCUAAUUUCUACAUUGCUGUGCCGAUCAUCUACUCUGUGAUCUGUGCUGUAGGACUCACGGGAAACUCUGCUGUCAUUUAUGUUAUCUUAAAGGCUCCCAAGAUGAAGACAGUCACCAACAUUUUCAUCCUAAACCUAGCAAUUGCUGAUGAGCUCUUCACUUUGGUACUUCCUAUUAAUAUUGCAGAUUAUCUGCUUCUUCAAUGGCCCUUUGGUGAAUUCAUGUGCAAACUGAUUAUCUCCAUUGACCAGUACAACACUUUUUCAAGCAUUUAUUUUCUGACCAUCAUGAGCAUUGAUCGAUAUCUGGUGGUGGUGGCCACUGUCAAAUCAAGGAAAAUGUCUUAUCGCACCUAUAGAGCUGCCAAGACUGUGAGUCUGUGCACCUGGGUUUUAGUCACAAUCAUUAUCUUGCCAUUUAGCAUCUUUGCCAAAAUACAUACUGAAGAGGGGCGGUCCCAGUGUGUCUUUGUUUUCCCAAGCCCUGAGAGUUUCUGGUGGAAAGUGAGUCGCCUUUACACCCUGAUCUUGGGUUUUGCCAUCCCUGUAUCUACCAUUUGCAUCCUGUACAGCACCAUGCUCUACAAGCUAAGACAUAUGCACCUCUGUAGCAAUGCCAAAGCCUUGGACAAAGCAAAAAAGAAAGUGACAAUAAUGGUGCUGAUUAUUUUGGGAGUUUGCCUGUUCUGUUGGACACCCUAUCACCUCAGCACUGUAGUAGCCCUCACUACAGAUAUCCCCCAAACAUCUCUCAUUGUUGGAAUCUCUUAUUUUAUCACCACCUUGAGUUAUGCUAAUAGUUGUCUGAACCCAUUCCUUUAUGCCUUUUUAGAUGACACAUUCCGGAAGAGCUUUCGAAAGUUGGUCGAAUGUGGAACUUCCCAAUAAAAUCCCAAUAUCUUUAUAUAAUAUGUUUGGAAGAGUUAAUGGACUUCAGAGAAACUUCACUGAAUCAAAGUUAAAUGGGAGAAGCUGUCAUCAUGGACCAAGUCUCUGCUCACUAACAAGAACUGUCUGCUCACUUCAUCAUGAAAUGUUUCUGACUUGAGAAACUUGCUGAUUCUCUGAUAUGGUGUCUAUUAAUUCUUUAUUUCUCUUCUUUUUUCCCUCUCCCUUCCUUUUCUUCUUCUUCCACUUUCUUUUGUACUUAUACUUCUAUUCAUUAUGGGUUCCCAUAUUUUUAAUGUGAUUUGCAAUAUGUAUUUUUGGAAUGUGAAAAAAAGAAAAAAACACUGGACAGUAUUCAUUGAAAAAUAAAUUUAUUUGAUGUUUUGGAUGUUUUGUAAAGCCAAAUAAAGUUAUGCAAAAUGCAUUUGCAUAAUAAAUCUUAAUUGUGCUAGUUUAGUGGGCCGGUAUACAGAACUGGGAUAUAGAAGGUCUAACAAAUAAGAAAAAUAUAGAAUAUAUACCAAAAAAAAUCUAGAAAUAGAGACUAGAAAUGCAUAAUCUUUAAAUGAUACACAGUACAGCCAGAAACAUAAGGUUACAACAUCAAAAUACUGUAAUGUAUCCAUGCCACGUUAAAAAUAUGAUACAACCAAAUGAAUUUUGGAUCUCAAACUGAAAAGUAUAAAGGGAAAAAAUGGGAAAAACCCUGAGUUAUGAGUGUUCUAAUGAUAACAAGACCAAAGUGCUACUCAACUUUCAGUUGCUAAGUCAUAGAGUCUGUACAAAAAUGUCUCCUUUUCUGAAACUCUGACACAUCCAAAUGAAGAACAUACACAGUACCAACUAACCUAGUCAGUGAGGAACAAGGCUAGCUUUCACUUUGCUUGUCAGUUACUGAAAGGUAUAUUUUACAUCACUGAGAGAUUCAGGUUGAAAUGUAUUUGGUUGUUUAAUGUUUUAAAUGAAGUUCUGA